AUUUUCCUCCCUCGAUUGUUGCGCCCACAGAACUUCCCACUGCUGGCCCAGUUCGACGUCAUCGCAUAGCUUGUCGACGUGCUCAGGUCAACAGCCGCCCCAGGCUCCUUCUGCAACCGUCGCACGACUACAAGGCAUCCAACCACAUUUGCGCGCAAUCGGGAUAAGGGCAGGCGCUUUAACCUUCGCAACAUCACGGAUUAUACUGCGCAUCGUCUGCCAAAAUGUCCGACCCAGACAGCUUGGAGUAUCUCCAGCCAGGCUUCGAUGCCAAGUCGCUGACAAUCCCGCGCCUGCGCUCCGUACUGGUUGCCCACAACAUCAACUAUCCCACAAACGCAAAGAAGGCACAGCUGGUUGAGAUUUUCGACGACCAAGUCAGACCCCAGGCCAAGAGGAUACUAGACCAGCGCGCAAAGGCCAAGAGAUCGAGCAAGGGCAUCUCCGACGCCGAAAGCUCCCAGGAAACCAGCAACCCUUUCCAUGAGCCUGAAGAUCUCCCAGUUCCGCCACCUAGCGCCCGUGCAAGGAGAUCCGCAUCACCAAGAAAGGCUUCGGCAAGGAUAAAGUCCGAGGAGCCUGAACAUAUGCUGAUGCCGCCCGCCCGCAGCCCGUCGAAGCGAACCUCCCCUUCCCGCAGGCAGCCACCACAGACCUCGGAUACAGAUGAUGCGCCUGCAUAUGGCGGUAGCUUGCGCACUCCUAGGGCGAGACAGGCGCAACCCGUGCUGAAGCCCGAAAUCUCCGACGAAGGCUUCUUCCGGCGAGAAUCAGGUGCCUUCAGCUCUGAAAACCCUUUCCAGAGUGGCAGUUCGCCGCCCACGGAGAAGACUCCCAGCAGCAGACGUAGAACUCCUAGCUACCGCUACGAUAGUGCGAGACCAUCGAGCAGCCAUUCGACACGCCGACGGGCAGAAGGACUCGAGUAUUCAGACCCAGACGAGUCAAACAUGUCCAAGAGCCUUCAAUUGCCGGCGCGGAAGCUUCUUAGAGGGAAGACCCCAGACUUGGCCCCAGGACCAGCAGUGGACGCCGGAGAGGAGUUUACACCAGAGGAACAGUUGGAGCUCCAAGCCGAGCAGACUCUGAGCGGCGAGACUGCUGUGGUUGCGGCAGGGCAGGCCCGGCGGGCAAAGUCUGGCAACGCUGGCACGUCGGUUGGCGUCCUGCUAACCACGCUGCUUGCAGUCUACGCUGGAUGGUACCGCCAGGAGAAGAUCGCCAUCGGGUACUGUGACGUUGGACAAACCACUGGAACGAUUCCUAGUGAGGUCUCAGUUCCCGAAUGGGCCCAAUCCGUCCUCGGAGACGAGAUUGCCGUACCCCAAUCAGUCAUUGAUACUCUGGAGCCACAGUGCGAACCUUGCCCAGCACACGCAUAUUGCUACGGCGAUUUCUCUGUGCGCUGCGAGCAAGAUUAUAUCCUUAAGCCUCAUCCCUUCUCUCUGGGUGGCGUCAUCCCUCUACCACCAACAUGCGAACCGGACGGCGAGAAGGUCCGUCGCGUGCAAGCUGUAGCGGAUCGCGCCAUCGAAGAGCUGCGCGAGCGCACCGCCAAGUUCGAGUGCGGCGAGCUCACCAACGAAGAGGGCGUGAAGAUCGACACGCCUGCUAUCGAGGAGCAGGAGCUCAAGCAAGUCAUCGGCCAGAAGAAGAGCAAGAAGAUGACUGACCAGGAGUUCGACGAUCUAUGGGGAGCGGCCAUUGGGGAGAUCAAGGCUCGGGAAGAAAUCAAGGUCGAAAGCAAAGAAAACCGAGAUACCGAUUCCACCCCAGUUCCAGACACGUACCUAUCAUCCACCUCUCUCGCUCGCAUUCCGCUCACCUGCGCGGUCAAGCGAUCAAUCCGACUCGGACUGGCAAGACAUCGCCUCCAAAUUGGCUCUGUGAUCCUGUCCAUCCUGUCAGCCCUCUACGGCAGACAUAGAUACCGGAGCAACCGCGCGGCGAACGCCCAAGUGCCUGCCCUUGUCGAUGUGGUACUGGACAGACUCGCAAACCAGAAGCAGCUCGAAGAAGAUGAGGACGACCCAUGGCUUUUCCUGCCCAAUCUUAGAGACGAUGUUCUCAGGAGUGUGCAUAAGUUGAGCCAGAGGGAGAAGAUCUGGCAGAGGGUGCGUGCGGUGGUAGAGCAGAAUAGCAAUGUGCGCACCUCACAACGCGAGGGCCGUAGCGGUGAAGUCGGCAGAGCAUGGGAAUGGAUCGGGCCUUCUGCCGGGGACAGCGCAAGGAAACGAAGGAGUGGUGGUCGGGUGUCAUGGGGGGCAGGCGUGAAGAGCGAGGAGGACACGGAAACGCCUGAGAAGAGCUACCUGCACCAGAAGUGGGAAGAAGGUGGUGGUCGGCCCAUUUACUAGGUUUCCUUCUAGUAGAUUGGUGGGAUUGGCUGGCGUUCCGGGUGUUGUUUUACGAGAUUUGGAUUUGAGAGCAUUUUCUUUAUUAUGCAAACCAAGCUGGAGCUUGCUUCACGGCACCACUGCUUCUGAGGUAGGCUUAAUUGGCACAGUUGCCCUCCCCUUGCUCUACACGGGGAGGUACGCUCUGGUUUUCGAGGACCACGAAGAGAUAUUCGGGGCUGUUUAUUGUAGAAUCAGGACGGCAGACGCUAAUAUGUGAUACCAUCCACUAUACGUUCUUAAAUAAUCUAUACUACGAUCUUUAACUUCGACCUUCAUGUCGGCUCUGUUUCGGCAGAAACCGCUGUUAUACGCACACACCGAAAGAACGCCGGCCAAGACCUAAUUAAGUAGGCAAGAUACUUCUAUAUAAUGCAUUGUGGACGGUCAGCGUACCUUGCGGGCUGAAACUA